UUGUUGUUUCACCAGACCUACAAUAAUAGAGCAAAGUCAACUCAGCCACUCUGACAUUGGCAACUCACUGAGGCCGCCAUAAAUAAAGAAGAAGAAGAAGAUAUAACCUCAAAAAGUAAAAACAAAGUUUAUUCCGGUAUUUGUUUGAAUUUACUAAUCUCUUAUUCAUUGUUAAAUGUUAUAUUUUAUGAACCUUUACUAAAUUUACACAACGUUAAAAUGACUCUUUUUAAACUAAAUGCAGUUUCAACCGUUUUAGUUGAGGAUGACUAUAAUAAAAAUGCAAUUCCGCUUGUUAUUGAUAUGAUUAAAAAAACUAAAAGUAAUUUCAUAAACAUAAUAUGUUAUGAACAGUCUACAGCAACUUGGAAGAAAGUUUUUCAAGAAGUAAGUGGAAAAUCCCAAAUUAUAUAUUCAGAAAAAAUACCAAUAAACUCUUCUGAUGUGAGAAGUGAAGGUUCCUUAUAUUUUAUAGAUUCUGUCAAUCAAAUGGCACUGGAUAUGGGGUGGCAUAAAUGUUUACAGUACCUAAAGAAGCUCCAAACCGAUUCAUCUAGUAAAACUAUUUUGAUAUUACACAAAGAUUGUCUCUUGGUUACAUCAAAAUUACAAAUCCAUCUUAAUCACAUAGCAAAUGCAAUUAUAUCUUAUGAUAAUAGAGAUCCAUGUAAAGUUGACAUUCAAAUCAAAAAAGGAGGCAAGAUAAUCAAAAGUCAGGAAACAGUCUCAUAUGAUAGUACAACAAGAACCUUGAAAUUAGUACCAGUUCCUCAGAUAAGCAAGAAAACAGAAGAACCCGAAAAAGUAUUGCCUAGCAGUCUAUCCACAUUUAAAAUAGAAACUGAUCAAAUUCAGCAAUUGGAGAAAAACAAAUUAAAGUUACCUUAUAUGAGUAAAAUAAACGAGGGCCAAGGUAAAGUUUAUUAUGAACCAGACGCAGUCGACGAUUGGGACGAAGAAGACCCUGAUGAUGACCUUGAAAUAUAGUCAUUAAAAAUAUAGCAUGUUGAAAA